CAGAACUUAAUAUAUAACAUAAACCAGACGAUUGGGGAUACCAGUAUCAUAAAGUCACCCCAGGACACAAGGGUUGUAGUAGACUGGCCUGGACCACACACCUCACCAUGUAAAGUACCAAUGUGAUGUAAAUGCACCAGUCCAGACCGAACUCUUCAUGGCUCCUAUUGCAUGAGCAACUUUAGCUGAAUGGGAUUAUGAAGAGCUGUACUAGAGAGAAAAUAAAGGACGAUUCAGAGGCUUUCCUCUUGUGCAGACAACUAAAAUGGUUAAAAAGUCCACCUCUGCUCUCCUGAAGCAUAAUUUGCUCUAGACAAUUUCAGAGCCAUUUUGUGUAUUGACUUUGGAUUUCUGUUUUAAAAUUACGUGGCAUUUAAGAGGUCAAAGCAUUUUCUUUUAUUGUCUGUCCAUUCUUUUAUUUCAAAGGAAUUAUGCAACUGGUUUCUGCCUGCAAUUGUGUAUUAUGACUGUCUUGCAGACCAUGAAUGUUUCUUCAGCUGGUUUGUUCAGCUGUUGUGCCAUGAAGUUGCUUGUGGAAGAAUGUAAGAAUGGUCUUGUAAGAAUGGUCUCUGUAUGUACAAAAGGCACAUUUUGAACCUAGCAUCUGGUGCUGUGACCUGUGGAAAAGAACAGCACACCUUAAACUACUCUUCAAAAUUAUAGCGGUGACUUCAAAUCCUUUUCUGGUAGCAUCUGACUAGGAUCUAAAUAUCCUGAUUCCUGAAUUUAAAAAGAUACAGAAAUCUUGUCAUAUUUUCUCAACUUCUCUUCCCCUAACAUAUUUCCCAUUAGUUCUGUAAUUCUUCCCUGUAUAGAUGUGUUGAAAUUGCUUUUGAAAUUAAUUAAUAUUGACAAAUACUCUCACUGAGAGUUUUGUUCCACAGACUGUGACUAUGUCUGAGUUCCUUGAGCUAGGUUGCUCUAGAAUGAAAAACUGAGCUCUGUGAAACACUCUAUCUGUAGUCUUUUACAAUGCAGCAAGGGACACCAGGCAAAUACAUAUAACUUCUUGCAGAAAAAUCUACUUAAAUUUUAUUAAAUAUGGCAAUAAACAUUGAAAGGAUAAGCUCUUUCUUAUGUUCCUUGGUGGCAAUUUUUUUCCAUUCCUUAGGAAGUGCUAUGGAUUCUGGUGGGAAGAAAGACUGGUGAUAAUGGCAGUCCAGCCAACAAUAGGAGAAAAGUUGCAAUAAAUACAGCCCUGCAUAUGCUGAUCUUACCAAAAUUUGUGAGUUCACAGAAUGGUGAUUCUGAGAUGGAUCUGGCCUGUCACUAUUCAAGACAGAGGAAUAUUGAAGAAAAUAAGACAAAAUUCCUUGCAGACAUUCUGAGAGACUGAAUUCCUCACCAUUCUUUUUUGUUUUAUUUUCACAAGUUAUGUUACAUUAUUUGCUGCCAUAACCAAAUCAUACUUUCUAUUCAAGUUUCAAUAAAUAGCCUUUAUUUUUAUUUUUGCUUCAGUCAUUUUAAUGUUCUCCUGUCUUUUCUGCAGUAUGAUGAAAAAAUCUUCCUUUUUGGAAACUUUGAGUUAAAAUAAUUUCAUUCAGGCUUUUUGUUUUGUUUUGUUUUGUUUUGUUGUUUGGGUUUUUUUUUGUUUCAAAGAAUGGACUUAUUCCAAGUAAAAGUUCAUGUCUGACAUUGAACUCCAUCCAUCACUUUAUUGGGUAAACACAAAACAGGCAGCACGGGGCGUGUCACAAGAUAACACAAGAUAUAUUUCAUGGGGUUCGUCAAGUCUGCCCCAAGUACAGCUGAGAAGCUGUGCUCUACCUUUCCCUGGUGAAUUUGAUAAGACGACAGGGAUUUCACAAUGGGCUCCAUCAGCGCAGCAAAUGCAGAAUUUUGUCUUGACGUAUUCAAAGAGGUGAAACUUCACCGCAGCAAUGAGAAUGUGCUCUUUUCCUCCCUGAGCAUGCUUUCAACCCUGGCCCUGGUGUAUAUGGGAGCAAGGGGUAAGACUCAGUCCCAGAUGGAGAAGGUUCUUCACUUUGAUAAUGUUACAGGAGACAGAGACAUUUCUGACUCCCAGUGUGGCACUGCUGAGUACAUCCACAAAUCAUUCAAGGAUCUUCUCUCAGACAUUGGCCGGCAAAAUGCUACUUACUCACUCAGGAUUGCUGACAGACUCUAUAUCGAAAAAACAUACCCUAUUCUUCAGGAAUACAUAAAGUGUGCACAGAAAUUCUACAAGGCAGAGCUGGAAGAAGUUGACUUCAAAACAGCUGCAGAGGAAGCACGACAGAUCAUCAAUUCCUGGGUGGAAAAAGAGACAAAUGGACGUAUCCAAGACCUCAUUGUGUCAGACUCUAUUGAUCUCAAUACUGCGUUGGUCUUUGUGAAUGUCAUUUACUUCAAAGGGAUAUGGAAAACUGCAUUUAAAAAAGAAGACACUGAGGAAGAGCCUUUCAAUGUGACCGAGCAAGAGAGCAGACCAGUGCAAAUGAUGCAUCAGAACAACACCUUCAAAGUGGGAAGAGUGGCUGAAGACAAAAUUAAGAUCUUGGAGCUUCCAUACACCAGUGGAGAGCUGAGCCUGUUGGUGCUGCUGCCUGACGACAUCUCUGGCCUGGCACAGCUGGAGAACAAAAUCAGCUAUGAAAAACUCAUGGAGUGGACCAGUCCCAAGGUGAUGGAGAAGAAGAGGGUGAGAGUGUACCUCCCACGCAUGAAGAUUGAGGAGAAAUAUAACCUCACAUCUGUCUUGACAUCCUUGGGUAUGACCGAUCUGUUCAGCCCCUCAGCCAACCUCUCUGGCAUCUCUUCAGCAGAGAGCCUGAGGAUAUCUGAGGCCAUCCACGAGGCAUACGUGGAAGUCACUGAAGAGGGCACUGAGGCAGGUGGCUCAGAGGUUGUGACCGGAGAGAUCCAACAGUCCUCUGAGGUUGAAGAGUUCAGGGCUGACCACCCAUUCCUUUUCUUCAUCAAACACAAUCCAAGUGACAUGAUCAUCCUCUUUGGUAGAUUUUGUUCUCCCUAAGGAGAAAAAGGGCUGGAAAUAAUGCUUGCCUAUCCCUAAGAAACAGACCUGCUUUACUCUAGUAUAAUAUCAUCUCUUCACUAUCUCUAAGUGGAAAGCCAUCAAUACCUAGAGAGAUAUUCCUGAAGAAGUGUGUGACUUUUCAGAUCUUUGGGUGCAGAUAUUUCUGUUACACAAGUUGUACUUACGACUUAUAUCCAGGAAUAAAUGAGAACUUACAAGAGGUAGCUUAGAAAUAUUUUCCCUCGUGAUUGAAUAACUUAAGACUCAGGACCAGUGUUUUGAUUCUUGUGAGAGAUUCUGACACUGAUAUUGAGUCUGUUUUUUCUAUAGGAGUUCUCUGAAAUAAACACAGUUUUUAGAAUAAUCCUCUUCCUUUCUGUUGAACUCCUUGGGCAACCAUCCUUGAACUGAUGCCUGGACAACUUGCAGACAAAAUUCUUAAUUUUAGCAAAUCAUUCUUCUUUGAGUAUUGCAUUUGUGUUUCUUUGUGAUGCACAUACUGUAAGGCUAAGGUCUCUUGUUUUGAGGGGGCAUACAGAAAGUUUACCAUUUCUUCUUAAAUCAUCAUCUCCAAACACAUCACCUUCCUGACUGUUUCCCAUCUUCAUUCCUGGCACAUGUCAUUGACUUGUGAAUGGCAAUUGUUGGUCCUUCUAUUUAUUCUAAUAAAAGCAUUGCAAA